CGAUGCAUACAUUAUUUUCCUAUUUUUGUUAUAUACACAAAAUGUGUGUGUGUGUACGUAAUUAUGUUACUUUAAUAGAAAAUAAGUGACGGUUCGAAGAUGUUUCGCGGCGUUGUUUAGUGCGGGCAUGCAGAAAAGGAUGUUUUACUUUUACGGGGAAGUGGAACUGAUAAUCCAAGAGCACAGCCUACUUCCCUGCCAUGUGUGCGGCAGGACGUUUCUACCGAAUCCGCUUAAGAAGCAUGAAAAAGUCUGCGAGAAAAACGCCACCAAGAAACGUAAACCUUUCGAUUCACUAAAGCAACGGGUGGCAGGCACAGACUUGGCGGACUUCCAUCAGCCGACGUACCUAAAGAAAAAAGAGGAACCGGUGCCGGAAGUGAAACCGCGCCAGAGCAAGUGGAAGGAAAAACACCUGGAACUGGUGACGGCCAUCCGGGCAGCAAAAGGGGUCCCGCCGUGUAAAAUGCCCACUUCGCCCACCCCGAAACCGAGAAGCACCACAUCGUUGACCGUCUCUAGUAGCCAGAACGAACGGUGUCCGUCGUGCGAAAGACAUUUCGGCCCUAAAGCCUUCGAUAGGCACGUGGAGUGGUGUAAGGAGAGGAAGUCCAGGAUCCAUCGGUCGCCCGCUAGCGUACAGCAGGCCAAGGAGCGCUUGGAGGCUAGGACUAAGUAUAGGGCCCCCCUAAACAAAACCAAACGGACCUUGGUGAGGGAAAAAUACUCGUCGAGCGGCCCCCAGAGUCCCGAACCCGUGGCGCGAAACGCCUCGUCCACCGUCAAUUUGACCUCGUCACUAUCCAGAGGUCCCAGUAUCCGGAAACCCAAGAGUCUCGUCAACGUCGAAAAAACCCCGGAAACCAAAGCGAAGAAACCCCAAAGAGGAGCGGGGGAGAAGUGCGACGGAGAUAGGAAACGUUGCGCUCCGGAGUACGAGAGGGCGAGUAUGACGUUGAACUUUGACGCGUCACCUGUCAUCGGGAGUCCCUCCCCUAAGGCGGAGUCGGUCAGAAGUUUCCAAACCAAACGCGCCCCACUACCCCAAAACAAACUAAACUCGAUCGACAUUAACGCCGCAAUCGAGGAACUGACAGUGUCCUCUAUUGGCAACACUGACAAACGCAUGGUGACGUGGAAAGAUACGGUCGUGAGCACGGGGGAUCCCCCCACUUUAACCCUUAAUAAUAAUAAUAAUAAUAAAAAAAAGAAACCCGUGCUAGUGCGUAAAGAACUCAACAGGGUUGCCAAACAAAAAACCCUAGCGGAUUUGGACGUCAUUGUCGAGUCGAAAAGUGACGUGUUCAAGGUGCUCUCCACAGACGUUGACGUCUUGGACAACGUUGGCAAACGUACGACCACGAAAAUCCCUACGAGGAAGUUCAAAAGUGUCGGGAACAUUUUAAAAAAAUACACCAGACCGCCCGAUGACUUGAUAAUACUCAGUCCCCCGGAAGAAUUCGCUGAGGAGUUCGAGGGGGGCGGGUCCUACUUGAACGCACGCCUCAAGGGCGUGGCCGAGCUCGACUACGACGAUUCUGUGACUAAAGAGAUCGUUGUGGAGGGCGGGGCCAAUAUCGCCGAGUGGUUUGAGACUAAUUUUGCACAAAAAGAAGAUAUGGGGGAGGAUAAGGAGGAUGUUGCGGCGGAAAAAGACUCCUUGGAGGAUCCCAGUUUUUACUACUGUGAGGGCAAAGGUGAAUCUCUUUCUGAGGGAGCUCUGGAGGCCCACGAAGAACUUUUAAGCCAGAAAAAUUCACAGGAAAUGGAGACUUUAGGCCUCGGUGGCGCCACCAAGAACUUGGUGUAUAUUUAUCAAUCUGGCAACACCUUAGAAGUAACCAGGAACACAGAAAAACUGUCCAAAGGAACCACCCAGUUAAAAAAGAGCUUCUCUGACCUGAACCACGAGGCCCUGGGCCUAGAACCGCUCGUUUUCCAGAGAAAGUCGAGGGUCAAAGAUGAAUCUCUUCCUGAUGCCUUGGGAGAAUUGCCUGAGGGAGCUCUGGAGGCCCACGAAGAACUUUUAAGUCAGAAAAAUUCACCGGAAAGGGAGACUUUAAGCCUCAGUGGUUGCACCAAGAACCUGGUGUCCCUCUAUCAAUCUGGCACCACCGUAAAAGUAACCAAGGACACUGAAGAACUGUCCAAUGAAACCACUCAGUUAAAAAAAAAUUUCUCUGACCUCAAAGUGCCUUUGAACCUGGAGGCUCCGUGCCUAGAACCGCUUGUUUUCGAGAAAAAGUCAAAGAGGGUCAAAGGUGAAUCUCUUCCUGAUGCCUUGGGAGAAUUGCCUGAGGGAGCUCUGGAGGCCCCGUUGGAGCCUCAGGAAAGGGAGACUUUAGGCCUCAGCGGUUCCACCAAGAACCUGCUGUCCCUCUAUCAAUCUGACACCACCGUAAAAGUAACCAGGGACACUGAAAAACUGUCCAAUAAAACCCCCCAGUUAAAAAAGAGCCUCUCCGACCUCAAACUGCCCUUGAACCACCCCGCCAAAAGUUUCUCCUUGGACCUGGAACCGCUCUUCUUCCAGAGAAAGUUCGUGUUCGAGUCGGAGAGCGCGGACUUCCGGAAAACCUGCCAGGACAUCCGGAGCAUAUCCUCCUGCCCGUCCAGACACUUCGCCAAGUUCACUCGUAAGAAAACAAGCGGACGUUUGAGCAGCAAGGAGCGCCAAGAAAUCCUGAAAAUAGCGGCGCAGAAGUUUAUAGAAAGCACCAAGAAGAAGUUACCGCGUUUCGGCCACAAAGAAGGACACUUUCUCCUGCAGGAAGAAGAAGAAGAGUACUCGGUGCCGAAGAAGAAGAGAAGAGUUUGGUGCAGCGACAGCGACAACACAGCUAACUUUCAAUCACAAGUUUCUUACUCAGAAGAGAACUGCGACGACUCAGCUACAAAAACUGCAGUGUCAAGUAAGAACGCGUCAGCUACGUCAGCUACGAGCUCAGCUCUCUCAGCUAGCGUGACCCCGAGGACCGUUCAGCUAAUAGACAAGAUAGCGCAGGGCCGUAAGUUGAAAACGGACCACAGCAACGUGAUGCUCGCCAUUUCGGUGUGGGAGUGCGACAGACUGUUGCAGUUGGACGAGACGGUGGUGAGUAAAGUGGUGAGGAGGCUGGAGGGGCGGCAAGGAGAGGGGCGGAUCAAGUUGCCCUUGAUAGUGGGAAACCGAGCGACCGUGGUUGCCGAGAGGAGGGUUAGAGAGGUUGAUGGUGAGGUGACUUUACCGGAUAUUUGCUGCGACGGAUUGAGGAGGGAACGUGAGGGUUUCAAGAGUGAUGUUUUCCGAAGCAGUAGCUCAACUUACGACCCGUUCGAGGUGGCGCAACGUCAAUUCCUGGAGCUUCUAGAAUGCGACGACUUCAAAGGGUGCGACACCCCCGCGACUCCGCGCGCCCGCACCGCCCUGCCCACCCCCACCCCCACCACUCCUUUGCCCGCGAAAAAAACCGUCAGAUCCGCCGAAAGUGUCAAACCGAGUAAACGUCAAUCGGUCAUCGACCCUCCGGUGAAUUUUCAAGAUUUAGACUGCGACGACUUCGAAUUGGUCGAGAGUAUGAUUGAGGAGGAGGAGGAGGAGGGAGUGGCGGGAAGGGAGAGGGUUUAUUUGCACAAUUUAAUAAAUAAUAAAAACUCGGUGGUGCUCGAUAGUUUUUCGGGGGAUUGUCGUAAGUACGGUGACGACCCGGGCGCCUCGAUCGAUCCCCGUUUGAUUAACGAAAACGAUAAUUUAUCGUUACCGGACGGUUUUCGUAUCGACGAUUAUUCGCCCACCGGUGAUCGUUAUAGCGCGGAGUUCGAUACGAAAAUCGAGCCAAAGGCCACCAAGAAACCCUUGGUCGAGCGCUCUCUCUCUUUAGUAAACCGUAGCAAAAAGGACGCUAGUUUUAAUAAUAACAAUAACGUGAAAAAAGGGUCUUUUAAUAACAAAAAUGUAAACGCUAAAGGGUCUAAAACCGCUAAUUCCAGCGACAAGUCGGUCUCGAGCUCGGACUCGAAGCUGCAAACCAAAGAGGAGAAGAAGAAGAGUUUGCCGCUCCUCAAACGUUCGAUGACCCUCCUCGAUCCCUCUCCAAAGCCCUCGUUUAAGAACAAGAAAGAGGUCAACGAUUUCCUCAACGAGAGCACCAGUGUGGAAAAAACGUAUGUGCAGUCUUCACAGGAAGUGACCACGCCCCUAGACGAUAUCCUAAAAGCGGAAGAUCUAUUCUCCGUCGACGACGAGAUGUACGAAGAAUACAAAAAGUACGAGGAGAUGUACUUGAUGGAAAAGCGACAGCACAGCGCCACUAGUGUACACAGAAAGUCUAAAACUAAACCGACGGAAAUGAACUAUGGACUGUUGACCAAUAGUGAGGAGGAGGAACUUCCGAACAACAACAACAACAAUAACAACAACAAGUUGUCGAACGAUUCGGCUUAUGGAAGCCUAAGAAAAACGUCGAAACACCGAAUCCGCGGGCCGAAACUGACGCCCUUGGAGCCGAGGGGCGGCGCGAGUAGUAGCAGCGCGAGCAGCAGCAGUUCGAGCGGAUCGGAGCACGGGCGGCACUCGCCCGCCCCCUGCGUCGUCGCCGCCUCCACGAAACUGUCGAAGUUUUGCCACGAGUGCGGCACGAAGUUUCCCGUAACCGGCGCCAAGUUUUGCGUGGAGUGCGGCGCGAAGCGACUGGUCUUGUGAUAAAUUAUUAUUUUAAACUUUUAAAAGGUGUAGUAAGUGUGUACGUGUGUGGGUUUUUACGAGUUUAUGGCGUGAGAAAUAAGAUAUUCUAUACAGGGCGAGCAAAGGAUUUUUGUAUGCGUCUGACAAAAGUUUUUUAAGGUGGUGAUGCUUCCGGUUGUGCCGGAAGUCGGUGCUUAUUUUGUUAUUUUUAGGGUAGACGCUUUAUUUUAUCGCGUUUUUAGGUUCUAGGUGAAAUUCUAAGAAAUUUAAGGGGUCACAUGCUAUCCUUGGGAAAAAGUUUAUUUGAGUGUGUUAUGGGCUUUCUUUAAAUGCUCAUAUCUCAAAAACUUUUUGUCUCCUUAAAUUUCACGUAGAAUUCAAAAACGUUAAAACAUACAGGCCGUACUAUACAGGGUGUUCGAAAAAAAGACGGAUAUAUUUCAAUGGGUGUAAAAAAAUAUGAGAAAAAGUUUCUAUAAACAUAUGGGUCCGGAAAUGCACAGUUUUCAAGAUACAAGGUGAUAACUUUUUUUUUAAAUAUUAAUUUUUUAUUAAUAUCAAUUAUUUUUCUAGGAGAACUGACACUUGUCAAUGUCAAACCUCCAUGCAGAAAUAAUUUUUUUUGUCUUCCAAGGCACCGCUGAUUUUUUUACCAAAAAUUAAUAAACCGAUUUUGUCCAGUGGCAUGCAAUAAAACGGUUUUUUUAUUCUCGAAAACGAAGUGAGAUACGAACAAAAUAUAAAGAGGCGAAAAAGUUGUAUUUUUAAAUGUUUAAUCAAACAACAAAUACUAAAGUUUGUUAGAUUUUGAUAUUAAUUAUUAUAAAAGCACAAACAUUAUAAAAAAUAAUAAAAUAUAUUAAACACACGAAUUAUAACAUAUGUACAGUAGUGGCCAUAAUUAUAGCAACAAGUACAUUUUUCCUUCAAAUUGUAUGAUGUGGUAGAUUAGAAAAAAAACUGGUAAGGUACUGUUGGGUAAUAAGGCCGGGUUAAGAAAAAUAUUUUUGUUAUAACCAAAUAAAAAAUAUUUUUAUUACAAAGUAAGAUACAAAAGAUAAAUCAACAUGUAUUCUUUUAAAAAACAUAACUAAAAAAUGAAAACAAGAAUUUUUAAACAUUCAUAAUGCAAAAAAAUAAAAACAACUCUUUUGGCCUUAUUACCAGCAUAGGCAGGUAAUAUGGCCACGGAGUAAAAUUUGUAGCAGGUAAUAAGGCCGAUUUUUAAAAUUUCCUCAGGGCAUGCAUUCAGGGCAAAUAAUGCUUCUUUAUCUUCAACUGUUAGUCCAACACAUUCUUCGUGAACCCAAGUACCACAAGAUGAACAUGCUCUCAUAUCGGCUACAAAGUCAAGCAGGCAAACAGAACACAUCCAUACAGCUGAAAGGCUCGUAGUUGGCGUAUUGGCGGACUUCCUCUUCACAACAGAACCCUUUUUUGAGAUAUUGGUAACCUUUUUACCAGAACUACGAUCCUUAAAUAAUCGCUUAAAUAUAUAAAUAAUUAUGACGGCUUGAGAAAAAGGAAAGUGGUCGACCAAAACCAAAUAUGAAUUUAAAACAAACAACAAAGGAUAGGGGUAAAGAUAUUCAAAAAUAUUUUAAAGAAUCAAUGUACAAUUUGUGUGAUUGGAUUUGUGGCUGCAGUGUGAGAAAUGCAUUUUUUUGCUACCCGUGUUUACUGUUUUCGAAUGACGCUGUAUGGGCGAAAAAUGGAGUAAUUGACAUUAAGCAUUUAAAAGUGAAAAUUACAAAGCUUGCUUCUUCCACUACUCAUAUAAAUUCAUCAAUGAGUUACGCAAGUUUAGGACGUGUUAACACAGUCUAACAGUUGAAAACUAUAUACUUUGGUGUUAACAUAAGACAGCAACUUGAUAAUGUAUAUCGUAAAUCUGUGCAUGACUUUAAUGAAUCGGUUUCUAAAAAUAGGUAUAUUUUAAACAAACUAAUCGGCUGUGUAAAAUUUUGCGGAGUUUUCGAAAUUGCAUUGCGCGGUCAUGACGAAAGUAUCAGCUCCAAUAAUCCUGGAAUUUUUCUGGGCCUUAUCGAUUUUGUUUCUGAACUGGAUUUAAUGUUUAAAGAACAUAUUGAAAAAAGUACAGUAUUUAAAGGCACAUCAAAAACAGUUCAGAACGAUAUUUUAUAAUCAAUGUUAGCCAUUGUACAUACUCAUAUAAUUAAGGAGAUUGGCCAGACAAAUUUUGUGGCAAUUCAAGAAGAUGAGACCACAGACAGCUUCAAUAAAACGCAGAUGAUUCUCAUAUUGUGAUAUGUAUUAACUGAUAUUGUACAUGAAGGAUUUUGGAAAUUUGUUAACCCUCCAGGUGCCAUAGCACAACAUUUAACUAAUGUAAUAUUGGAAGAACUUCAAUUAUCAAAAAUUAAUCAAGCACCUGAAAAAUUAAUUGCCCAAAGUUACGAUGGUGCAUCAGUCAUGAGCGGUAAACUGGGAGGAGUACAAACAAAAAUUAAAGAAAUAUACCCAAAUGCACACUUUAUUCACUGCUAUGCCCAUCAACUUAAUCUUAUCCUGCAAAAAGCGGCGAGUCAACAUAAACCGAUAAAAAUAUUUUUUGUAAAUUUAUACGCAUUUUCGUCCUUUUUCGGCCGAUCUCCAAAACGUACGGUGGUUCUGGGUAGAGUGGUUUCGAUAACCUGUUUAUACCCUUUUUCUUAUAUUUUUAUUUAAAAUAUUUACUCUAAUAAAAAGGCAAAGUUAAUUUUCGGAAAACGAUUUAAGCAUUUAAAGUUAUUUUUACCCGCUUAAUAGGGUAAAUAUCUCGGUAAAUAUUAUUGAGUUUUAUCUAAAUCUGUAUUUUUCAUCUAAAAUAUAAAUGCUAAAAGAUCUUUCAAAUACUUUAAAAAAUCAAUAGUUUGAUUUGUUUUUUUUCUAUUAGAGUAAACUAUAAGUUUUCAAACCAAAAUGACCCCCCUGAAGAUUGACCCAUGAGCCGCCACUGCUUUUGACCUCUUGAGCACGAUAAUUCACAGCCUUUCUUCGAUUGGAGGUUUUUAUUGGUGCCAUAUCAGGUGUAACUAAAACUUCAGAGAAAGAGUUUUGAUGUGAAGUUUCUCCUUUUUCAGCUAAAUCUUCUGACUGAGUUGAUUGAGACCGAGACUGAUCUGCAGGGCUGGUACUGGAAUGUACUGUUGAAUUAUCCUUAGUUGUCUUAAAUAAUGUUGCUAAUGGAAUAUCAUCUUCCGAAUCCCAAAGUUCUUCCCUUACUAUGGCACUGUCCUCACUAUUUUCAGCUGCAAUAUUUUGACCACGAUGAGUUGGAAGACUUGGGGCGAAUGCAUGUUCAGGAAUGGCGUUUCUACUGAACGGGUAGAUACCAGUUGAUCUAAAACCAUUGCAGAUGUUAUUAAUAGUCAUGCACUUUCCCCAGACUGGCGUGAAUACAUCAGAAAAUCUCUCUUUACUCAACCUUCUAUCAGGAUGUUGACUCCAAUAUUCAAGAAGCUGUUGAUCCCAGUGGGAUUCAAAAGACCGGAAAACGGAUUUGUCCAUUGGCUGGAGCUCGUGAGUCGUAUUACUGGGUAGGCAUAAAAGCUCAAUUCCUAAAGUUUCUGCCUUUUCAGCAAUGGACUCAUCUAGGUGACUUGACGCUCCAUCAAAAAUUAAAAUUGUUGGAGGGGAAGACAUAAAUUGUGAGAAGUGCUCCAGCCAUUUGAUAAAUAUCUCAGUCGUCAUGCUGCCCUUUGCGGUCAUGUGUACAGCUGAGCCUGCUGGUAAACCAUCAGAAUAGCAAGGUUUUCCACGUUGCCCUUUGAAUAAAAUCAUAGGGUAUUUGCACAAGCGACUACUGUGACGUUUUCCGCAUGUUCAGGCGCCACCAAGUGCACUCUUUUGGCACCUUUUUGGGCUAGUACUAGCUGCUGGUGAUUAAGGGUUAAUCUGCAACCCUUCUCAUCAUUGUUGUAAAUUUUUUCGGGGCUAUGUUUUAAUCCGGUUCUACACAGCAGAGCAUCCAAUUUAUCAAAAUAAUCAUUUACAAUGAAAUGAUUCAAUUUCUGAGCUCGGGCAGGAUUUAAUUGCUGUGCUUUGCGUUGAGCUAUUUGUGGAUGACGUCUUAGAAAGGCACGGUACCAUUCUUUACCCGCCAAUUUUUUUUCCCGGUUAAAUUUAUGUUUAACGCUCAUUUUCUCACAAUAAUUGAAAACACUUCGGCGUAAAACUUUCGAAGUUAACGGAAAGCCUCUGCUAGAAAAUCUCAAUAUUUUCCUUUCUAAGUCCGUUUCCUGUUCCAUAUUUAAUACUGGUUUUGCUCCCAAUGACCUGUUUGAGGAACCGGAUUUAAGGUGAUUCCUUAAGGUACGACGCGGAAUCCCAGAUUGCUGUUCCACCCAUUCUUGAGACCGACCACUCCUUAAUAGCUGAAGGGCCUCUUCCAUCAUUUCUUCGGUCCAAUUUGCUCGUAUUCCUCGAUUUUUUUUCCCCAUAACUGAAAAAUAAAAAAGUAUUUUCUACUGCGUAUGUAGGAGACAGAUAAUAUGGCCGGAACAUUAUAGCUACAGCUAUAAUACUUACCUAAGCUAGAAAACUGCUCCGCGCUGUAACUGUUGCUGACACGUUGGUAUAAAAAACUAUUUUCUAAGACUUCCGCAGGAAUCCUACAUGGAAAAACAACUUUUAGACCAUCUUGUAAUAGACCUUAUUACCUGGCUAGAAACUUAAAGAUAACCAUUUCGGCAGGCAAUAAGACCGGGAGCUCAUUGCAUUGAGAUAAGGUGGGAAAUUUCUUUAAAAAAAUAUAUAAGUAAUGGGAUUAUUUUUUUAAGACUUUUGCCAGCGUAAACAAUUAAGAUAAAUUUACAAAAAAUUACGCAUUAUUUUGUAGCCGGCUUUAUUAUCUGCAAACAAAUUUAAUGGUAAGGCAGGUAAUAAGGCCGCGGCCUUGUUACAAGUCUGGCAUCCAUUUUCUUUUUGAGGUUAGAUGUAACAAAAAAAAGAGUAAAUAAAACGAAACAACUAUGUUAAGUUAAUCUAUAUACCAACACAAUUUGGAAAAUAUAAUGCAAACAAUACUCUAAUCAAACUACCAAAAAAUGUUACUCACCUUUUGCAGGUAUUUUUUACAACACGGGCACGAAAACACUUCCAAAUUUUUAAACACGUGCAUGUAGGUAAAUGGAGGAAUGUAUACUAGCUCGCAAAGCGCCAACUGUUUUGUGUUAGAUCUGUCUACACCUAGAUGGUGCCACUAGGACCACAGAAUAUUAAGGUAUCCGUUGGGAUAACUUUGGCUUUAUUACCUGCCCGGCCUUAUUACCCAACAGUACCUUACGAAAAUAGCAGGUUUGUCCCAACACUACGCUGGACGAAUGGUGCGCACGGGAGAAAGGCGUGAAAGGUGGGAUAUUAUUCUUGGAUUAGUUGCUUAUCCUAUGCCGUCGUUUUUUUUACCUAGUUUGAUAGUUUGAAAAACUAACUUUUGGCCGCGCAGAUCUCGCAAAUACCCGUAUGUGCGAUGUACCAACAAUCAAUCGUCGCAUGUGAAUAUAAAAUAAAAAAUACUACUUGCAAUACUUCUUCUAUAGGCCUGAUUGUAAAUAGCAGACGUAUUAGGCGGACACGUCUCCUUAUUUAAAAAUGAUUUUCGGGCAAUGCCGAAGGUUUCCGAAGGAAUAACGCGUCUCGUGUUGACAGAUAUGCGCCCCGGGACGCCACUGGACCUUAUAAUUUCAAUCUAAUUAGGGCUAAAUUAGCCUCCUAAUACAUCAAGUAAAACUGCCAAAUUUCAAAAGAAUCGAGUAAAUAUUUUUUUUAAUAUUAAUAAAAAAAUAUUAUAUCACCCUGUAUCUUGUAAACUGUGCCUUUCCGGACCCACGUUUAUAGAAACUUUUUCUCAUAUUUUUUUACCCAUUGAAAUAUCUCCGUCUAUUGUUCGAACACCCUGUAUAAAAUAACAAAAUAAUCACCUUACCACCCUAUUGAAAGUAGUGUACACCCUCUUUUAUUCAGUUUUAUCUAAUACAUGCAUGCAACUGGGGAUUCUCGUUGACGCCCUGUAUAAUACCUCUCAAAAAAAAAAUGAGGCAUUUCAUGUAUUUUUUUUUAACUAUUUCGAUAUAGUAGUAGUGUUUACAUUAAGUUUUACUAUUAUUUCUAAACCUAUUAAAUACUAUAAUAUUAUAUUUUUAAUACAAUCAAAAUUGCGAAUAAACGACCAUUUUAGUACAAAAGUUUCUGAAUUACGUCUAAAAUUGUCACUCGCUUAAACUGUUAUUAAUUAGUGAGCGCCAAGUAUUUUUUGUUAAUGCCAAAGUUACUUAUUUUUAUGUACUAUGAAAAUCGUAUACAGGGUGUUCAUUAGUUAAGGUUACGCUUUUGCCAUACGAACACCCUCUAUAUCAAACGCAAUUUUUACGUGCAAUUCUUAUAUACCGGUAACGCACGUUUUUUGCCAUAUAAGGUUAAAGUAAUGUUUUUAUUUUUUGUUUGUGUUGUGUAACCAUUCCAGAAUUUUUAUUAUUAUUAACAAAGACUGUUUAGUUAUUAACUUUUACGUUUAAAAACCAUUAAUAAAUCAGCAACGAUUAAUUUUCCAAA